ACGUCAUUAAAGCUUGCCAAAACACCAGAAGGUUUUGUAAGUUACUGUUUGACCAUCUUUCUAAACUAGCCAGUGUAUCUAACGGCAAUCAACAUGUCUCUACUAAGCGUCUGUGCUUCUGCAUCGAAACGUCUUGUAACCCAUGCGUUAUUCGUGGAAUCUGCUUUUACAGGAUACUUGCGGACAGCCAGUGGAGCAGUGAAAGACAAGGAGCCACUGCGCAAGGCCAAAACCCCCCAGGGCCGCUUCGACAUGAAUGAUGAGAAGACUAAGGAUCCCCUUGAAAAGUUCCCUGAUGAUGUGAACCCAGCCACAAAGGAGCAGGGGGGUCCCCGGGGCCCAGAGCCCACGCGCUACGGGGACUGGGAGAGAAAGGGCCGCUGUGUCGACUUCUAGUUUCCAUAUCUGGUAUAUUACACAUGCGAUGUGGACAUACCUUAGCUAUAACUUAUGUAUCUAUAUCUAAGGACUGUUGUGUAAGAAAUCAGGAAUGGUCCACCAUACUGAAUCAGGCUGGACUAUUUCCCCAUGAACGACACAAUCUGAUAAUGAUUGUUUUUGAAAUUCAUACACAUGGAGUCUGUUGAACAGUCGUUCUUACUUGUUAUGGUGCAAUACUCACUUUUCACACUGAUAUUGUGUUCCUUUGUUGAAAUGGAUGAUGAUGACGAAGUGAAUGAUUGUCAUGCAAGGUUAUUGCUUCCUGUACAGAGAUUUGAAUGUUGUGAGUAAAUAAAAUAAAACAUUUCUGGAGAAUAA